AUGGCUAUCUCUAAGUCCAAGAUCCGGCUCCUAAAAAGCCGUCCACUUUGUAUAAUUUGCGCCAAGCCCCAGGAGGUCCAGAUCGUUGCGCGUACACUGCAAAUCACCAAAGAUCAUAUUUCGAGUAGUGAUAUCCCAGAGCUCGGCGAUGGCUAUGAUUUUUACCUCGGAACAUUUAAUAUUAUCUCAAAAGACGGCGGUGAAGCUAGAAGUCUGGAGUACUAUGUUACGAGCCCUUAUCGACAGGGGAUACAGACGUUCUCGAUUCAAGCUGGGACUCUGUUCCAUGUCCUUAGACCACAAUUUGCCGUACAUGCAGGUGUCUGCGCUGGUUACGCAAAGGAAGGCAUAAAACUUGAGGAUGUGAUAUUCGGUGAUAUGGCAAUCAACUACGAAGAAGGAAAAUGGGUGGUCGAAAAGGGUCAGAAAUUAUUCAAGCCAUCAUACAGAACCAUUGAGUGCCGGACGGUAGCGAGCAUCGUUGGCUUUACCCAGAGUAGUUUGGAACCGACGUACAAAUACGGUGGCUAUAUAAGUGGUUCCGCUGUCCGCGAGGAUGCAAACGAGAUCUUCGAUCUUCUCCGCACAAGUGUUAGCCGUGACAUCUGUGCGCUUGAAAUGGAAGCCAGUGCAUUUCUGAUGCUUUGCCAACAUCACAAAAAUAUCAAGUGUCUGGGCGUGGUUAAGGGGGUCUCUGAUCUCGGGGACUCCAACAAAGCCCAUGACCCAGAUACAUAUAAAAGGUCACUGCAGGUUACUGCAUCAGCGGUUAGGGAAUGGGCCAUUUACGCUUUGCGAAAUGUCGAAUGGAAUACUGAUGAGGAUGAUUCGAUCGUGGCGGAGUUUGUCAAUAUCUAUUAUGAGAACUUUGUCCGUAUCGCGCUUGAUGCUGUUGGUUCAAAACAGGAUCUUACUAUUGCGAACGACAACCAAAGAAAGGUACAAUCAAAAGAUGUGAAGGGAAUGAAAGUGGUUAUGCCAGAGAAUGAUGACCCCUCGGCGUAUAGCGAAUCAGGCCACAUCGCAAAAAUUGCCAAUGACCACGGCCUUGAGUCAGUCACCAUCGGACAAAGUAACUUGGGUCGCGGACUAUUUUAUAAGGAUGGAUACCUCAUUGAUUUUCCACGGCUUCUCAACAAAUUCGCAGAUGAGGAUCGCAUACAACAAGCUAAGAUAUUUCAGAAAUUGCUGAUAAGGAAGCCAUACUUCACUGUAUCAAGUGCAGAAAGUACCCCCCUUGCUGCAACAGCAACUUGGGAGGACUUUGUGAAAUCUGCUCCCACUGCUCCAAAUUGA